GAAGAGCUCAGCUGACAAACCCAGCCCAGUCUAGGGAAGCUUGGGGUUUAGUUUCUUGUACUUCAGGAAAGUCUGAACUCAGUUAUCGCAAUUUUUGAAGCAUGACCUGAGUAGAUUCAGUCAUUAUCGAGUCAAAUUAAACACAGUGAAAGGUUGCUACCACUGAAAUAGGGUCAAGUGCCUAUUUGCUUCAGCUUGCUUCUGGGAUCUGAGUUCCUCUUUUCCCCAUUUGGUCCUUGGCUUUUUCUAAGUGUGCUGCUGAAGAGGAUGAGACACUACGCUUCUGGGGAGACCCUAUCAGCUUGGGACAGAACCAGGUCACCAGCAACAAUCUUCAUUUAAGGUUACUUCUGAAGAUAAAAGAGCUACACAGAGGGACAUGUCAUUUAGCAUCUCUUUUUGAGCACCACUGAAGACAGAAGUCACACUGUAACAAUGACAACUACAUCGCGGAGUUUGCCUUGCUCCUCCCAUGGGAUGUACUUUGUAACUAAUCAGAGUGAUCAAGUCCCACAGAACUUCUCAGGAGCAUCAAAUGUUACUACCUGUUACAUGGAGGAACAAUUACUAUCUACUGUGUUAACAGUAUUCUAUUCUAUUGUUUUCAUCGUGGGACUGGUUGGAAACAUAAUUGCCCUCUAUGUAUUUCUGGGCAUCCAUCGCAAAAGAAAUUCCAUUCAAAUUUACCUACUUAACGUAGCCAUUGCAGAUCUUCUACUCAUUUUCUGCCUCCCUUUCCGAAUAAUGUAUCAUAUUAACCAAAAUACUUGGACACUAGGUGUGAUUCUCUGCAAGGUUGUGGGAACACUGUUUUAUAUGAACAUGUACAUUAGCAUUGUUUUGCUUGGAUUCAUCAGUUUGGAUCGCUACAUAAAAAUUAAUCGAUCGAUACAACAACGGAGGGCAAUAACAACCAAACAGAGUAUUUAUGUUUGCUGUAUAGUAUGGACAGUUGCUCUUGCUGGAUUUUUAACUCUUAUUAUUUUAACACUUAAGAGAGGAGGGCACAAUUCCACUAUGUGUUUCCAUUACAGAGAUAAACAUAAUGCAAUAGGAGAAGCAAUUUUUAACUUUGUUCUUGUGGUAAUGUUCUGGCUAAUUUUCCUAUUAAUAAUCCUUUCAUAUAUUAAGAUCGGCAAGAAUCUAUUGAAGAUUUCUAAAAGAAGGUCAAAAUUUCCUAAUUCUAGUAAAUAUACCACGACAGCCCGAAAUUCCUUUAUUGUACUGAUCAUUUUUACUCUAUGUUUUGUUCCCUACCAUGCCUUUCGAUUCAUAUACAUUUCUUCGCAGCUAAAUGAAUCAUCUUGUUACUGGAAGGAAAUCAUUCACAAAACCAAUGAGAUUAUGCUGGUUCUCUCAUCUUUCAAUAGUUGCUUAGACCCAGUCAUGUACUUCCUGAUGUCCAGUAAUAUUCGCAAAAUAAUGUGUCAACUUCUUUUUAGACGAUUUCAAAGUGAAGCAAGCAGAAGUGAAAGCACUUCAGAAUUUAAGCCAGGGUACUCCCUGCAUGAUACAUCUGCAGCACCUAAGUUGUAGUACAAUCCUAAAGGUACCUGAGGUACACAUACUAACAAGGAUGAUGAACUGUAACCUCUUAAUUCCUUAAAGAUCUAAAAAAUUACGACAUAAAGCUUUAGAUUUAUCAAACUCAGACCUCAAAGCUCUGUUCAUGUUUGUGAUAUUUCAUUUGCUUUACUGUAAAAUAUUUCAAGGCAAAGAAAAGCUUACACUUAUUACUGAAUUUUAAACCUGUAUUCUUUUCAAAAUAAAUUGUUAAACUAGCACUCUUAACAUGGAUUAGAAAGUUAAGUGCAAUUCACAGCUUUAACAACAAAAUAAAGAAGUGUCACUGACUCUCAAGUCACUACUCUCAAGUAGUUUCCAUAAUCAAGCACUUGAUACUAAUUUAAGGUAAGUUAAGUGAUUUGAGGGCUCACUUAAAAUGUCAGAAAAAUAUAUGUUCAUUGUCCUUUUAAAAGCCUGUAUAAUU